CCCUGCCUCUCCUUUUUCCAUCGAUUCCAUUCUCAGAUCGCCCUUUCGAAGCAUCCCCGACCCCGAGCGGCCCUGUCCAUACUGUACAGCACCCUUGUACACUCUCCCGCAGCCAUCCCGCACGUGUGCAUCCCAGUAUCCGCCAUCUCCGCCCAUCCAUCCGCCAUGUCUAUCGCCCGUACCAUAUUAUAAUACCUAUUCCAGAGUCGCUCCCACUUCCUUCAGCCACCACCUAAAGCGCCAGAAGGCGCAUCACUCGCCGAACAAUGUCACCUUUCCGGAAACCCUCCCUAUCGACUCUCCCAUCGCAUCUCGAGCUGCCCACAACUUGGACAAAGUUCCAGACGAUCCUCAUGGGAUCGAUGAACUUUUACCGAAUUCAUCUUAUCGCAUUCACAGUGAUCCCUCUCAUUACAUCUGGAAUCAUGUACGCCUGUAACACCGAAAUCCACAUAUCCUAUAUCGAUUGCCUGUUCUGUUGCAUGUCGGCCAUGACUGUGACGGGACUGGCGAGUGUCAAUCUGAGCACGCUCAGUGUGGUACAGCAGGUGAUCCUGUUUGUACAGAUGAUCAUCGGCAGUCUGACAUUUGUGUCUAUUGUUAUGAUCAUGGUCAGGCAGUAUUUCAUCCGCCAAAGCUUCAAACAUGUGUUGCAAGAACGACAGAACCUGAGGAACCGUCUGAGCAAGACGCUCACCCGGGUUGCCACUGUCGCCCCGCCGCUCUCUGCUCUACGGAAGAAAUUCAGCAGAAAGGAUAAGGACGGGGCCGACAGCCCCAAGGGCUCUCCAAAACGCUCCUCGACCCCUUCCUCAUUCGAACUCAACCCUGUCGCCCCAUCUCCCCGAAAGCCAGAAGAGCACAAGCCCAAAAAGAAGCGCCACGAGAAACUCCGUCCUGACAUGAUCAAACGUGUCGAAGGCGGCGGUGUGGGGUUGGUGAACAAUAUGGGCUGGUACGAUGCACAGCGGGAGAAGCUGGCGACGCCUGCGCCCACGCCGGAACGGAGAGGCUCGCCUGGCUCGCCUUUACCGACUGGGAGCACGAUGCUGAGCGAUAGUGGGAAAGAGUUGACUCAGGCGUUGGAGGCUGCUGUUGAGAGUGGGGCUGUACCAGGGCAUCAGGUGGAGGACAAUGGGGAGGCUGUUUUGACAGAGUCGCCGACGGGAAUGGAGGAUUAUCAACGGCAUGACGGUGAGAGGCGAGAGCGUCUGAGGUCUAUCCUGGAGGCACCGGAUAUCAACGUCCAGACCGUCUCCACCGAUACUACCGAACAUUAUUCUGGUGAAGAGGAUCAAUCGCCUUCUCCGCCUCAUUCCCCUGGUACCAAAGUGCCUUACGCUGGCCUGCAGCUCACAGAUGACGCAUUCCCUCGCUCCAAGACUAUUGCUUUUGAAGAUACCAUGGACGACAGCCACGAUUUCCGCGAACGCGCCACCUCCACUCAAAGAGAAUCCUUCUUCCCCCGCUCGGCCACCUUCCGAAGCAAUCAAGGACAGUCUACCAAUCAGGACCGCCUACCCUAUUCUGCUACGAUGCAGUCUGGAGCAGGCAACUUCCCCAGGACGUAUUCGCUGAGGCCUACGAAUAGUAAUCGUCGGCAGGAUCACCGGCUGCAGGGAUUUGGAGGAUUUCCGACACCGUUGGACAUCGGAAAGAAGGUCUUCCGAAGGGUAUUCCCCGAGACGCACAAGAAUCUGUCCAAGAGCUUCACCAUGCCGAGGACGAACACCUACUCUGGAAAAAGCACGAUGACUGCGACCGGGCCAUCUGAAGGGAAGGAAGUGCCGUAUAUCAGCUUUGCGGCUACUGUCGGGAGGAAUAGUCGUUUCCAGGGGUUGACCAAGGAGCAGAUGGAUGAGUUGGGUGGAGUGGAGUAUCGAGCUUUGCGUGUGUUGUUGCAUAUCGUCGUUGGAUAUUUCAUCUUUGUGCAGAUUGCGGCUUUCAUCAUAAUGGCACCCUAUAUUGCCGCCGGGGGACGGUACCAACAUGUUUUUGAUGACCAGCCGAGACAAGUCAAGGUUUACUGGUUCGCCCUGUUCCAGUCGGUCUCCGCGUUCACCAAUACGGGUAUGAGUCUGUGUGAUUUGAGUAUGGUGCCCUUUCAGAGAGCGUACUUGAUGAUUGUUGUCUUGAUCAUCCUAAUCUUCGCUGGUAAUACUGCUUUUCCUGUCUUUCUUCGUUGUACAGUAUGGACCUUAUACAAGCUGGUCCCCGUCACAUCUCGGAUACACGAGUCUCUCAAGUUCUUGCUGGACCAUCCUCGACGAUGCUUUGUCUACCUGUUUCCUGCUACCCAGACUUGGGUUCUUGCCCUAGUCAUGUUGGGUCUCACCCUUAUUGAUUGGGUCAGUUUUCUUGUUCUGGAUUUGAGCACCGAGGCAAUCAUGUCUUUACCAGUCGGAACACGUAUCGCUGCUGGCUUCCUGCAAUCGGCAGCUGUACGCGCCUCUGGUUUCAGCAUCGUGUCCCUCGGGGCAUUGGCACCUGCCGUCAAAGUCCUCUACGUCGUCAUGAUGUACAUCUCCGUUUACCCCAUCGCCUUAUCCGUUCGAGCGACUAAUGUGUAUGAGGAAAAGAGUCUGGGACUCUUCGACGAAGAAGUGGAAGACGAUGAUGUUUCGGAAGAAGGCGAGGGUGCGCAGGCUGUGGCCAAGUACAUUGGGUGGCACGCUAGGCGGCAGUUGGCGUUCGAUAUCUGGUGGCUUGGUUUUGCUCUCUGGCUAGUCUGCAUCAUCGAGCGCGGACAUAUCGAUAAUGACCAGGAAUGGUUCAAUAUCUUCAACAUCAUUUUCGAGCUUGUCAGCGCUUAUGGAACUGUUGGCUUGACAGUCGGGCUUCCAUAUGACAACUUUUCUUUCAGCGGUAGUUUCAGAAAACUCUCCAAGCUUGUCAUUAUUGCUGUCAUGUUGCGAGGAAGACAUCGUGGGCUGCCCGUCGCUAUCGAUCGAGCUGUUAUGUUGCCCAAAGACUUUACGGCUGAGGAAGAAGCAGCCUUUGAAGAAGAACGCUCUCGUCGCAUGUCUCGCUCUCGUCGAGGCAGCAGUUUCUACCAAGAAGAACCUUUCGUUCCUCGAUCCCGCCCCGAAUCAUUUGGUGGCACCGGUGCUUACCAAGAGGUCAAUUUCACCCCCGGACCCGUCACUGCCAUCCCCAUUCCCCAUCAUCAUCAACACCAUGUCAUCCACUCAGAACAAAAAGCUGAACAGAUAGGCAGUGGUCCUGGUGGGGUGCACAAGUUUGGGCAUUUCCGAUCCAGUUCCACUGGGAGCAACUCCCAUGGGCCGGAAAGUCCUACCUUCCAGCCGAGGGAGAGUGAGGACAGAUGGCCACAUAGCGGAAACAGGGCAUUGACCCCUGUGAGGGAGGGUCAUAUGAGUAGCGCUCAGAGCCACCCCCCGGUGUACACCACAGAUAGUGCCCUCGAGGUUUGAUGGAGAGUAAGAAAGUGGGGCGAGCAUAUCAUACCGUUUCUUCAGCCGAUCAACAAUCAACAUAGACGUUCGAGUACAAUUCGCAUUUAUAGUUGAUUCUUUUCUGAGGGGGCUGUUGUGCUUAUAGUAGUAGACAUGAUUAUAACGAACC